AAGCCGCUGCCUUCCGGGCCCUGGGGCCUUUGCACCUGCGUUUUCCGGUGGGGCACAAAAGCCUUUUGCCGUUGCGCCUGGCGGCCUAGCUAAGACCCCCUUCGCUUUUUCUCCUCUCUUUUUCUAGCUUAUUCUUUGUUUAUUUUAUGGUCAGUUCGGUGACCCUGUACAAAGUCGGGUUUGGCGGGCGCGAUUUCUGUGGCAAAAGACUGCCCUCCUCUGGGCGCUGGGCGGCCGGCUUCUUCAGAAGCUGGGGCGACCUUCGGCGUCUCCAUGGUAACGGCCCCGCCGGCGUCUCCGCCUCUGGGGAAAGAUGCAGCCUGCCGGGCCCGCAGCUUCUCCCGGGGUCCCACGGCCGGGCCGGGGCCACUGAGGAGAAGGGCCCCGGCCACCGGACUGCAGGGCAGCGGCCACCAGUGAAAUCCCAUUCUCUGGCUGGAGAUACAGAUGGCCUCGAAUGAGAGAGAUGCUAUAUCGUGGUACCAAAAGAAGAUUGGAGCAUAUGAUCAACAGAUAUGGGAAAAGUCAAUUGAACAGACUCAGAUUAAGGGCUUCAAAAACAAACCAAAAAAGAUGGGUCACAUAAAGCCAGACUUGAUUGAUGUUGACUUAAUCAGAGGCUCAACAUUUGCCAAAGCCAAACCUGAAAUCCCAUGGACAUCUCUAACUCGGAAGGGGCUUGUUCGAGUUGUGUUUUUUCCAUUGUUCAGCAGUUGGUGGAUUCAGGUUACCUCUCAAAGAAUCUUUAUUUGGCUAUUACUGCUUUACCUCAUGCAAGUGAUUGCAAUUGUGUUAUACGUAAUGAUGCCUCUUGUGAACGUAAGUGAAGUGCUUGGACCCUUGUGCCUUAUGCUCCUCAUGGGAACUGUCCACUGUCAGAUUGUGUCUACUCAGAUAACAAAGCCGUCAGGAAACAAUGGAAAUCGGAGAAGAAGAAAAUUACGAAAAACUGUAAAUGGUGAUGGGAACCGAGAAAAUGGAAAUAACUCCUCUUCUGAUAAAGUCAGAGGAGUAGAAACUUUGGAAUCUAUACCCCGUAUUAGUGGUUUUUGGGGGACUCUCUUUGGCAACAGGACAAAGAGAGUAAAAUUAAUAUCUAACAAAGGGACUGAAACUGAGAAUGACACAAGUUGUCUGCAUCCGAUCAUUAAGAAGAGACAGUGUCGACCAGAGAUGAGAAUGUGGCAAACAAGAGAGAGUGCAAAAUUUUCUGAUGGAGAUAAGUCACGUAGGGAGACUUUUAGGCAUUUGGGUAAUGGGAUUUCAGAUGAUCUGUCAAGUGAGGAAGAUGGUGAAGCACAGACACAGAUGAUAUUAUUGCGUAGGAGUGUGGAAGGGGCCUCAAGCGACAAUGGCUGUGAAGUUAAGAAUAGAAAAUCAAUAUUUCCAAGGCACCUAAAUUCUCAGGUAAAGAAAACCCCUUCAAGGUGGUGUCAUCUGGUGCGGGAUUCAGAUAGUGUGGCCGAGUCGGAAUUUGAAUCAGCAGCUUUCAGCCAGGGCUCCAGAUCUGGCACAAAUGGUGGCUCUCGAAACCUUACCAUGUCAAGAAGAGACUCAGAGAGCACUCGCCAUGAUUCUGAGACCGAGGAUAUGUUAUGGGAUGACCUGCUGCAUGGCCCAGAGUGCCGAUCGUCUGUCACCAGCGACAGUGAGGGGGCCCAUGUGAACACCCUUCACUCAGGGACCAAACGCGACUUCAAAGAGGAUGUUUUUCAGCAGAACCAUUUAUUCUGGCUUCAGAACUCAAGUCCUGCCUCUGACCGAGUUAGUGCAAUAAUCUGGGAAGGGAAUGAGUGCAAAAAGAUGGAUAUGUCUGUAUUGGAAAUAAGUGGCAUCAUUAUGAGCAGGGUUAACGCCUAUCAGCAAGGAGUAGGUUAUCAGAUGCUGGGAAAUGUCGUCACUAUUGGAUUAGCAUUUUUUCCUUUUGUACAUCGACUUUUCCGUGAAAAGAGCCUUGAUCAACUAAAGUCCAUUUCUACUGAGGAGAUCUUGACUCUCUUUUGUGGGGCACCACCAGUUAUACCUAUUAUUGUUUUGUCUGUAAUUAAUUUUUUUGAACGAUUGUGUCUUACUUGGAUGUUUUUUUUCAUGAUGUGUGUGGCCGAGAGAACGUAUAAACAGAGAUUUUUAUUUGCAAAACUCUUCAGCCAUAUUACAUCUGCCAGGAAAGCAAGGAAAUAUGAAAUACCUCAUUUCAGACUUAAAAAGGUGGAGAAUAUUAAGAUAUGGUUAUCACUUCGUUCGUAUUUAAAGAGGCGGGGUCCGCAGCGUUCAGUUGAUGUGGUUGUGUCUUCCGUCUUCUUACUGACACUUUCCAUUGCUUUCAUUUGUUGUGCACAGGUUCUCCAAGGACAUAAAACUUUCCUUAAUGAUGCUUAUAACUGGGAGUUUUUGAUCUGGGAAAUGGCUUUACUGCUUUUCUUACUGCGCCUGGCCUCACUGGGGUCUGAAACCAAUAAGAAAUACAGCAAUGUUUCGAUAUUACUUACUGAACAGAUUAAUUUGUAUCUUAAGAUGGAAAAAAAGCCAAAUAAGAAAGAACAGCUCACGCUGGUAAACAAUGUGUUAAAGUUAUCCACCAAGUUGUUGAAAGAACUGGACACACCAUUUAGACUCUAUGGACUGACAAUGAAUCCCUUAAUCUACAACAUCACACGAGUAGUUAUCCUUUCUGCUGUCUCAGGGAUUAUAAGUGAUCUUCUAGGAUUUAAUAUAAGACUGUGGAAAAUUAAAUCAUAAGCUGAGUCAUUUACCAGGACUCUCCCCUUGCUGGCAUCACUACUUACCAAUAAAGGAAAGAGAUGACUUCAGAAACGAGUGAGAUCUCUACCUGCUUGUUCACAUGCAGAGGUGCCCUCAGCUCUACCAGAUAUAUCCUGUGGCGUUUUCAGAGGAACAAACUCUCUUCCAACUGGGUGUGCAUAUGAAAAACAUUUUUAUGGUUUUGAAACCAUAUGAAUAGUCAGAAGACUAAAGACUGUGUUAUGGUAACACAAAGAAAUAACUUUCUAAGUUGGGAAAUUUAUUCUGGGCACUUCAGUGCCAUUAUAUAUACAUGGAAAGUCUUUUGGGUAACUAUCGUAGGUGCCCAAACAUGAAGCAAAUAUCCUUCACUGGAAAUAUGCAAGCUCAGUACUUUUCAAUGACAACCUAUGGAAUUAGAGAUUUCAUUUCUCUAGCAACAAGAGAUCAAAUUUAAGCUACUCUAGGUUGGCUCCAAAUAAAAGAACUUUACUGGAUAAUUUCAGUUUCUAGGCUUUUUUGUUGUUGUUGAAGGAAAAAUAUAACCUUUUUAAACUGCAAGUUUCUGUUAAACUGUGGAGAAAUUUUUAAUUAGCUUAUAAUUUUGAAGUUAACCCUAAUAAUUGUAUAAUUAUUAAUGAAAGAGUUAUGCAUACAAUAUGCCGUGCCAUUCAGCAUGAGAAAUCUAAGUAUAUGCAAACGUACUCAUCCAUGUCCAUCAUACAACAUGGUUUCCAUAUAGAUCAUUUGAGCUGUGUUUCCUGUCACAGUACUAAGUGAAGCGUUAAUAGUUUGCCUGUUGUGCAGCUUCAUGUGUCAAAUCCUCAGUACAAUGUCAGAUCUUCAGUGUCUAUAAUCAGCUAAGCUAUACCUUUGAUGAUUUAGGUUCUUUUAUCACCAUUCCCUAUUACACACACGUGCACAGGUACAUGUUAAUGAAAACUCUAGCCAUUUACUUGUAACUCUGGCUCAUUUAAGUUACCUGCUCUGAAGAAUCUAGUUGAGGCAAAUUGAAAGCCUUAAUUUUUUAAUGAUAAGAUUUUGUGAAUUUUUAAUGAAAAUAGUUUAGAAACCUAGUCAUUAAUUAUAUGUAAAGCAUGUACUUAUGCAAAAUCAGUUUAUCAGUUACAUAUAUCCUAAUAUGAAGAUUUAUAUUAGGUUCAAAGAUGAAUUUCUCAAGAGUUCAGGAUUGAGGUCAGAGCUUUCUGGGUUCACAUUCUUGACCCUGUCAUUUAUUAGCUUCAUAAUCUGGGGCAAAUUACUUAACCUCUAUGCGUCUCAAUUUCUUCACCUGUUAAAAGGGAAUAAUAAUUACCUACUAAGGUUGUUAAGGUUAAGUGAGAUUGUCAUGUACGUAUCGAAGUGCCAGGCACUUAGUAAAUCCACAGUAAACACUUGUUGUAUUUAAUUCAUUACCAUUGGCAUAAAUGUUAUGCCAGCCACUUUUUAUGCCCUUGGACCAAUGUGGCAAGAUGUUAUUCUGGUUCUAAUGCAUUUAGUGUCAAGGUGGGUCCCUUUUGAAAUGCAUGAAGCUCUGCAGAAUGGAGUUGUAGCUUCAUUGUUGUGUAGGUUGGGCAUUCUAUUAGGUGAUACUUUCUGAAUGUGUUAGUUUUGUAAACAUUUUCCUUUAUUUCUGGGAGAUAAGGCUUGCAAGCAUA